AUGCCCAUUCCAUCCGGUAAUGUGGUGGUACCGAAGCCGAAACUUACCACUAAGGAAACAGAUCCACUGCAUAUAAUAAAGACGAGGCAAAAGACACAUGGUCGGCCUGUGACCAUUGCAGGCCCAAUGGUUCGAUAUUCCAAGCUGCCAUUUCGUCAGUUGUGCCGGGAAUAUAACGUUGAUAUAGUUUACUCCCCCAUGAUUUUAGCAAGAGAAUAUGUCCGUAAUGAGCAUGCAAGAAUCUCUGACCUUUCAACAAAUGAUAAGGACACCCCACUAAUCGUCCAAGUAGGUGUAAAUAACGUGGCUGAUCUACUAAAAUUUGUGGAAAUGGUUGCCCCUUACUGUGAUGGUGUUGGUAUUAACUGUGGAUGUCCUAUAAAGGAACAAAUCCGGGAAGGCAUAGGUUGCGCCUUGAUAUACAAUCCCGAUUUGUUAUGUAGUAUGGUCCAUGCUGUGAAAGAUAAAUAUGGCGACAAACUGAGGAUUGAAACGAAAAUAAGAAUACAUGAAGAGUUGGACGAAACGGUGGAGUUAUGUCGAAGGCUAUGUGAUGCUGGGGUGGAUUGGAUUACGAUCCACGGCCGAACACGCAGAACUAGGUCAUCGCAGCCAGCUAACCUGGAUGCAAUAAAGUAUAUUAUCGAAAAUAUCAGCGACAAAAAUGUGCCUGUCAUAGCGAAUGGGGAUUGCUUCAAGUCAUCUGAUUUGGAAAGGAUCACUAAGUACACUGGUGCAUCUGGUGUCAUGGCUGUACGUGGGUUGUUAAGCAAUCCAACGUUAUUUGCUGGGUAUGAAACCUGUCCUUGGGGCUGCAUUGAAAAGUUUUGGUACUGGGUUCUAGAAUUUGGUGGCUUACCCUUCCAAUUGACUCAGCAUCACCUGUAUUGCAUGCUUGAAAAUAUGGAGGUGAAGAAAUCACUGUUAAAAGAAAUGAUGAACCUUAAAAACUACAUCAGCUUGAUCGACUGGUUUGAUAAAACCUUCGACUUCAAGCGUUACGGCGAAGAUGGAUUUGGUAAGGCGGUCGAAAUUCCUUAUAAAAUUAAUGGCUGUGUAUAG